UUGAUUUCCAUUUAUAUUACAUUAAUUUCUAUAACCUAACCCUGAGCUUUACCCUAAAUUUAUUUAUUUCAUAUUCAUUAGAAACAACAAUACUAAUGUUUUAGCUCAGGAAGAAUUCAAAAAUCAAUAUUUGGUGGACUAACCAUGAAGUUUUGGUGGGGUUUGGUGCAGUGGUCUCUUCAUUUUAUUUCCAAAGCUGUAUGUAAACUAUGAAUCUUACACUAUAAUACAGAGUUCCUAGUACUUGCAGGACAGAUGCCUCUGCUGGCAGAAGAGCACAUGCAGGGGAGUAGCAGACGAGCGAGCCCCAGGCCAAGGCUACUGGUGGGACUCACUUGAGAGAGAGAGUGAGUUUUAUUAUAUGUCUUGGUUGCAUUGUAUCGACAAAGCGUACUGUAGUCUUUCUGAAUGUGUGUUUUCCAGAGGGGCAGUGAGGAGUGGACUGCAGAUGUCCUUGCCUCGAGCUUGAUGAAAACCCAUGCUGUUUUUGGAAGGAUCGCUGGCACAGAGCAGAUACACAUGCAGUACGAGUCUCUGGGUCAGUCACGUGUUCAAGGGUGAGACACAGUGUUGAAGUGAAGAUAUGUAACUUAACCGGGGUGGGUGGGGGGAGUGAGAAGUUUCUUUACCUUCACCUGCUGCUGUUUGCUCUUUGGAAACACAAAACCAAAUUAAAACCCCCAAAUCAAUAAACUCUCUUUGCUGCAUUUAUUUGUCAUCUUACGUAACCAUGCACGGCCAAAGGGCGAUGGAUUAAAAACUAUGAAACUGUAAACAUGGGAAAGAAGCACAGCAAAUUGGAAAGAGACAGUGAGCGUGUGAUGGGGGAAGAGAAGCUGUAACACGCAGAAGUUUGCUGCCCUCUAGUGGCACACAACCAGCUCUCUGUGUAGCACAAUAUGACAGCUGAGAUGGGGAUGAAUUAUUCAUAAAUAAAAGAAUGAUAAAGCAGUAUUUUAGAUGGGAUGUGACUGAUAAUAUGCAGAUUGUAUAAACUAUUGUCUCCAGGAAAAAGCCUAAUCUUCUGCAAAAGCUGAUAAUUCAAAGUGAUACUUUUAAUACUAAUAAAUCUCCUGGGCUUUCAUAUGUACCCAGUAGGCUAUGAAGCAGGUAGACAAUUAGUUUUCUCCUCUUUUUCUAAUCAAGAAAUCAGCAUCAAUGUGAUUUCCAGGAAGUAUGGAAGGAAUUAAUGCCUUUUUUCCUGCAGGGAACACCAGUUUGCUUCCCUGCUGCUACCUGUCUUUCUCUCCCACAGAUUAACCACAUAGUGCCAGUCGGCAGCUGCACAGCCGCAGUCAGGGUUUAAUGAUUAAGCGUUUACUCCCCUCACAGCUCCCCACGCACUCUGGCUUGUUGCCUUGUUUGAAACCUGUAGUGAGUCAACUGAGAGACUGGGCCUGGUGGACACCGCUGCCAUAUUACUGCUUUUAUCAACUAUCCAGUUCCUCUGAAAGCAGCUACUUAACCCUCUGCAUGGCCACAAAGCUGCAGCCAAACAGAGAAGAGCUUUUAAAUGUUCCCACAGCAUGAGAAACUGGAGCUUAAAAUUCAAGGGGCAAGAACACAGAGGUGAAGACAAGUCUUCUUCUCACAACAAGACCCCCACCACUCCAGCAGUGCCUAUGUGGGUCACUCACACACCUCCGCCUAACCAUGUGAAGGACGACAGUGAUGAAGACAACAUGUCCAUGAGCCACACAUCCAGCUCUCCAUGUGAUGCUGAAAACAGCAAAAGGAGCAUGAAGUCCAAACUUAGAUCCAUCAUUCCUAAAUCGUUGGGUGGGAUCAUAAAUAAGCGUGCAGGAGAGAGUGAUUCUGAAACCACCAGAACUGGAAUCCAGAUUCUUCCCAAUGGGACCAGGGUGAGUCCCCCGGUAAGUCCCUUCCUGGAGCGCAGGAACUGGGAUGAGUCAUCAGGGAAUUCCACCAAAGACUCAAAGAAGUCUUUGCUCAGACAAACCACCCCAGAGUGUUUCUGUCAGAGCCUACAGGAAGAGUCUCUGCUGACCAGCAUCCACCCUGCAGAGUACUACGCCGCCAAGGUGGAGGUCUAUCAGCAGAAGUACUCCUAUUUGAAAUCAUGGCCGGGUUUGCUCAGGCUGCUGGCUGGGCUCCAGCUCCUGUUUGGCGGCAUGGUGUCUGCAUGCGUCGUUGCCUACAUACAAAAAGACAGUGAGUGGUUCAACACCUAUGGGCUCUACAGUGGAAUAAACAACAAUGGGCCCGGACUGUCUGGGUACAGCUACACAGGGCCUAUGACUGCCUUCGUUUUAUCUGUAGCUGGAAUCUCCUGGAUGAUUACUCUGAGUUUGCUAGUGACAGGAAUGACCAUGUAUUAUCGAACCAUCCUCCUGGACUCCUCCUGGUGGCCCCUGACAGAGGCCUUCAUCAAUCUGGCCCUGUUCCUGCUUUACAUGGCCGCAGGGAUUGUAUACAUCAAUGACUUGAAUCGAGGGGGGCUGUGCCACAUGACGAUUGGGGUUAACCCCAUCAUGGCCAAUCUGUGUCGAGUUGACGGAGGCCAGAUGGCGGGAACGGCGUUCAUCUUUAUCAAUAUGAUCAUGUACCUGGGAAGCUUCCUGGUUUGUCUGAAGAUGUGGAGGCAUGAGGCUGUUCGGAAGGUCAGACACAACGCUAACCAAAAGGGUGAGUUUAACCAGUCCAUUUCCCUAAACACACAAAGAACAAAACAGAUAUCAUUUAGGGAUGAGCCCGAUAAACCUUUGAAUAAAGACAGUAACUGCCAACCUGAACUGCCCCCUAAUGUCCGGAAAUCAAGUGUCAGCCCAAACAGAGCUACUGUGUCCAAUCAUACACCCAAAGUACAUGUCAUCGCAGAUUACAUAAUUAAGUAUCCAGAGAUCAGAUCUGAAGACGAACGGGAAAAGUACAAGGCUGUUUUCAAUGACCAGUACCUGGAGUACAGGGACCUUCACAGAAACAUCAUUACAACCCUCAAUAAGUUUAGAGAGCUGGAUACUAUGGUGAAUCAACUUCCCAGAAAAGGGAAGAGCUGGGAGGAUCAGCAGAGGAUUCAAAAUAUUUUAAAAAUAUAUCAAGACAAAAAAAAUGAUCCUGCUUUUCUGGAGAAGAAGGAACGCUGUGACUACCUAAAAGCUAAAUUACGGCACAUUAAAAACAAAAUCCUAUAUUAUGACCAGGAGACCGCAGACAAUCAUCGGACAUGACUGGGACUACCAAAUGUUGUAAUUUAAUAUGUUGUUUGGCAUCUUAUUGUUGUGUACACUAGAUAUGUUAUGCAAAAGGUUUUUCACUCCAAAGAACAUGAUAUUUCCCCUUAUGAACACCUUCAGAUCUCCAGUUCAUGUGGCCUAGGAGAUACUAAAAGCUGAGGUACAUCAAUGAAAGUAGUUUUUAUUUUAUUUAAUUUUUUUACAUUAUUUCUCUUUCAACAGAUUUGGAUGUUUCCAAUGUUGUCUUUGUUGUUUGUGCUUUUUUUUAUGUGCAGCCUGUGUCAGCUUCUUUCCAUUCUUGAAGAUUUGUAUAUUUUCCUAAGCAAAGUAUCAGUCUUUAAACCUGCCACCAGAUCAAAUGGACUAACAUAAAGUACCACAGUUAAGCUGAAAACCAGAUACAUCUUGGCAUUGAGCCUGCUGAAAUGUAAUGAAGAAAUGUUCAUUACAUUUCUUCAGAUGAGAUCUGUUUACCAUCAACUUCUCAUUAAGCCCAUAUUUCUGUAUUAAAUAUGUUUUUUUUUAUUGGUCUGAUGUAAUAUUCUAAUUUUAAAUGUAUAUUUUUUUCAUUACUUGUAAGUGGCA